CCAUCGAUGACCCGGAAGUGACUGGGCAACGAACGGUCGCAAAUGAGCGGCGGUUUCUGUCAAUACGCUUUGGAUACUUUAUUAAAACAAAAAGUAAAUUUUGUCGGGCACGAAUCGAUCAAUACUUGAUUUCAAUACUUGAAAUGUUUUACCAUAUAUCUUUGGAGCAUGAAAUCUUACUACAUCCGAGGUAUUUUGGCCCUAACCUCCUCAACACUGUGAAGCAAAAGCUUUUCACAGAAGUUGAGGGUACCUGCACUGGCAAGUAUGGCUUUGUCAUCGCAGUGACCACCAUUGACAACAUCGGGGCAGGUGUUAUACAACCGGGGAGAGGGUUUGUCCUCUACCCAGUCAAGUACAAGGCCAUUGUGUUCCGCCCAUUUAAAGGGGAGGUGGUUGACGCUGUGGUCACUCAGGUCAACAAGGUUGGAUUGUUCACAGAAAUCGGUCCCAUGUCUUGCUUCAUCUCUCGCCACUCCAUCCCUUCAGAAAUGGAGUUUGACCCCAACUCCAAUCCUCCUUGUUAUAAGACAGUUGAUGAGGACAUUGUAAUCCAGCAAGAUGAUGAGAUUAGGCUAAAGAUUGUGGGAACAAGAGUAGACAAGAAUGACAUUUUUGCCAUUGGUUCCCUCAUGGAUGAUUAUCUGGGUCUUGUGAGCUGAUUCGCCCCAGAGGGAGCACAUCUAACAUGGGACAUGUUAUGUAGUAGAUUAGUUAUUUUGUUAAAAUUAAUAUUUUUCUACACUGUUUGAUAUGGUAUAGUGACAGGUGUAGAAGCCCCAUAGCGACAUCAUAGAUUUGUUGUUAUUAGUGUAAAAAUCCAGGAGAAUGUUUGCUAAAUCUUUAGCAAGAUGACAUACAAGCAGGACAUUUAUUGUUUCUUUGUAGAAUUCACAUUUUCUAUCAACUAUGUAUUGUUUUUUGUACACUGACUGUAAUAAAGUAUUUUAUUUGUUAUU